AACAACUGGGAGAACGUUCAAAACUUUCAGGCCAGACCGGAUGAUAUACUUAUUGCAACAUAUCCCAAAGCAGGAACCACAUGGGUCUCCCAGAUUCUUGACCUGCUCUAUUUUGGUCAGACAGAGCGACAGAAAACCAUCCCUAUCUUUGAGAGAGUGCCCUUCCUGGAGAUUGCCGUUCCACCUUUGUUUUCAGGAAAAGACCUGGCAGACAAGCUGCCCACCACCCCUCGACUCAUUAAGACUCAUUUUCCUAUCCAGUUUGUGCCAAAGUCCUUCUGGGAACAAAACUGCAAGAUUGUCUAUGUAGCCCGCAAUGCAAAGGACAACAUGGUGUCUUUUUUCCACUUUGAUCGCAUGAAUAUUGCUCACCCAGAGCCUGGCGACUGGAGCAACUACAUCCACAGAUUCAUGGAAGGAAAAAUGGUGUUUGGCUCCUGGUAUGACCAUGUGAAUGGCUGGUGGAAGAAGAAACAGACUUACUCAAACAUUCACUACAUGUUCUAUGAAGAUAUGAUUGAGGACACUGAACGGGAAAUAGACAAACUCUGUAGCUUCCUCAGUUUGUCCAAUUCAGCUGAGGAGAAGAAAAUGAUUGCAGGUGGAGUCCAGUUUGAUAAGAUGAAAAAGGAUGAGAUGACCAACUAUUCCACAUUCUCCAUUUUAGAUUUCAAGAUUUCUCCCUUCAUGAGAAAAGGAAAGGUUGGUGACUGGAAGAACCACUUCACCGUCGCUCAGAAUGAAGUGUUUGAUGAAGACUACAAGGAGAAGAUGAAAGAUCCCACACUUCAGUUCCGCACUGAAAUUUGAACAGAGCCAGGCAUAUAGUAUGUAAAAAGGGUCACUGAUUGACUUUAUCUAAAUCUUUAACUAAAUCAAUGUGCUUUAUAUUAUUAAUCCCAAAUUAAAAGGCAUUUCAUGUUUGAAAGUGAAUAUUUAUGUCACUGCAAACAAAAAAAUAUUGCACAUUACCAGUAACACUGUACUGCAAUACUGAAACUAAAGUUGGUCUGUAGAUUAAAAUGUCUAAAGUAUAAA